UCUGAGGGGAUCAGUUAUGCUGACCUCACAGAGAUGAAGAAGCUGAUGUCUGAGUCUCUUUCUCUUUACACAUGUGAGCUCACAGACCCAUCUUUAGCUGGCUCUGACAGUCUGUUUCAAGCGAAAUUGAAAAAGCUGUUUGCUGGGAAGUAUGCUGACAGCUUGCUAAGUAAAGUUCAGCUCUCAGUUCAGAAAAUUGGAGGUCCACCUGAGAAUAAUGCAUACCUGCAGUGGAAGCUGGCUCUUCUCACAGAUAACAGCACCUGGAGCGUCACAGACAGAGGAACAGCUUUUGUUCCUGUAUGGGACAUAAUUGCAUCUGCUCAUGACCAGGAUUUCAACGAUCUCCGUCGAUUGCGCAAAACUCUUGAGGACAUUUACACAAAGACUACACAAACAAAAACAAUCCUGAGUGGUGAUAAUCUACAGUCAGCAGCCGGGCUUUCAGAGAGCCACACAGUAACUAUGGAAAAACCAGCGACAUUUCUGCAGAUGCUUGAGACAGUGGGGCUCAGUGAGUACUAUCCUCAAAAAAUGAAGAAAGGAGAUGUUCUUGUUAUAGACAGUCUCAUGGAAAAUUCACAUGAGCUAAAAAGAGAAGAUCAGUUGGGCUUAGACUACAUCUGUCAACUCAUGAUGUUGGACUGCAAUGCAAGAUACAUAGGGACAAAGUCAAGUGAUGCAGUUUCUGUGAAGCAAUGUUCCAGUGGUGAUAGCGUUGAUGAUUUCUUAAAUAUUGAAAGUGACAGUACUGAAGAAGAUGAAAACCAAGGCAUUCAUCCCAUGGAUAUUCACAUAGCAGUUUUCCUUUGUGCCGAUGAUUUCCUACGGCAGUACAUUUGUACAAAACUGGCCAUGUGUCAGUUCGCCUUACCUCUGCUUGUUCCUGACCCUGGCACCGGAGAGGUGGAGUUCCCUCUGUGGGCUCUGAGACAGGUACGGAAAUCCUGGAGAUGCAGGCAGGAAUCAGCUGACACUGCAGUGCAGCGGUACGAUGACCAGUUAAUGAGCAGCACUCCAGCUCCAAUCAUCUCCUUCAUCAGACUCGGAUCAUCUUCACAGUCCAAAUCGCAAAUCUUGAACAACGUCAUCAGCAAACAGAAGCACGAUGUUUUCUUCCAUCGGCACUGUAGGGGCAGCACCCCCAGUCGCCUGCUUAUGGAUGGGGUUGUGGAGGUUUCCUGGUACCUCCCUGGAGGAAGGAGAGAUGACACUUUUGACAGCUGUGUGGCUUUCGUGAAUCUCCAUGGUGACGCCAGCAAACAUCCCAGACAGCUGCAGUUUCUACAGGAAGUGAGCACAGUGAAUGUGGUUCUGCUUUCAGAGAAUGGCCUUGAUGAAGAAGCAAAGAGGAUCUUUAAAGCUCUGUUUGACUCACCUGUGCCUCUGAUCUGUCUUUUCACUGGAACAGAGAAAAUUUCACCUGGACCAAACAAAGCAAAGGUUAGACUGGCAGUCAAGAACAAGAAUGAAGCUCUUCUAUCUGAUGAAAUUACCCAUCACAUCAAGCAGUGUGUUAAUCACCAAUUAAAGGAGAACAGAGAACCACAAAAAAACAGUCCAGAAAAAUGUUUAGGUGCUGGAAAAAAACACUUUAAAGUCGAUGAAGAAAAAGAUGCUUGCCAACUCGGACACUCACAUGCUCAGGUACUGAUGAAACUGCUAGGACAAAAUCAAAAUGAACCUCCCAUCUCCAAGAGGACAUGCUUCCCUCUGCAGGGUGACCUGUGGAAGGAGUGGUGCAGGCUGGAUAAAAAGCAAAAUCGCCUUCAGUGCAGAAGCAGUGAAAAUAUGGAGCAGGAGCUGUGUGACAUAAAGGCCAAAAAAGACAAAAUGCGUCAAAAACAGCUGGAAUCAGUGUCACAAUCUACUGGGUUGAUGCAGUUCUUUCUUGAUUGUCUUUGCUACUUCAGCUUUUCGCAAGAUACUAAACUGUACAUGCUACAUUGGCUUACAAUAUGUCUGCAAGAGAGAGAAAAGGUAUUUAAGACAGUCGAUGUACAAACUGAAAAGGAAUUCCAUAUCAAACUUCAUGACUUUAUGAGAGAAGCAGCACAAAUGUAUGAAGCUGCUCAGAUUUCAUCAAUUUCACAGCAAAGGGAAAGAGCUGGUGCUCUACCAGCCAUUGCAGCUGAAAUGUUAAUUUUGGGAUAUCCUCUUGAACUGAUGGAUGGAGAAACUGCUCAUGUACCUCUAGAGUGGAUAAAAUCUGUCCUGGACAAACUGAUUACUGAGCUAGGAGACAAGAAGGUGUUUGUUCUUUCUGUCCUGGGGCUGCAGAGUUCAGGCAAGUCCACCUUGCUGAACACCAUGUUCGGGCUGCAGUUUGCAGUGAGUGCAGGAAGAUGCACCAGGGGAGCUUUCAUGCAGUUGCUGACAGUGGAUGCAGAGAUGAGGGAGCAGCUGCAGUAUGACCUCAUCCUGGUGGUGGAUACAGAAGGCCUGCGAUCACUAGAGUGCAGUGACAUGGUGCACCAUGACAAUGAAUUGGCUACAUUUGUUAUAGGCAUCAGUGACUUGACUCUAGUCAACAUCAUGGGGGAAUGUUCAUCAGAGAUGCAAGACAUUCUGCAGAUCUGUGUCCAUGCUUUCCUGAGAAUGAAACAGGUGAGAAUUACGCCAAGCCUCAUUUUCGUGCAUCAGAACAUGGCAGAUGUAUCAGCUUAUGACAAAAAUAUGGAAGCAAAACGGUGUCUGUUAGAGAGGCUGGAUGAAAUGGCUCGCAUUGCUGCAAAGAAAGAAAGCUAUAAAGUGACAGGCUUUAAUGAUAUAAUACAAUUCGAUGUUGACACUCAGGUGUUCUACUUCAAGAACCUUCUGCAGGGAGAUCCCCCAAUGGCUCCUCCAAACCCCACCUACAGCCACAACACCCAGGAGCUGAAAGCCAAGCUGCUCUCCAUUGCACAGUGGAAACCAGACCACAGAUUCUCCACACUGACAGCCUUUAAGUUUCGCAUCCAAGACCUCUGGCAAGCUCUGCUAGCAGAGAACUUUGUUUUUAGCUUCACAAACACACUGGAGACAUCAGUGAAACUAGCUUUGGAGGAAAAAUGUGUGGAGUGGACUUGGAGGAUAAGAAAGCAUGCACUGGAGAUACAGAAUGGGCUGACCAUGCAGAUUGUAAACAACUUAGUGCAAGAGGUGGACCCUGACCAGAUAAACCAGAAACUUGAUCCAGUAUGCAGAAGCAUUUCCACUGAGAUGGAAAACUACUUCAGAACCGAGAAACACUCUGAUAUACUUGCCCAGUACGAGCAGGCCACUGAGAAAUGGCUGCAAAAUCUGAGGGUGGAUGUUGCUGGAGAAAUAAAAUCCAGCUGCAUGGAUAGCAUCAGCUUGGCCAAAGGUCGGGCAGAGCUUGACAUUAAGAAACGAGAAUAUGAGGCAAAACUUCUUGAAAUGAGCAAAGCACUUGCAUCCAAACUUAAAGACAAGAAUCUCUCAAGUGAGACAAUGAGGAGGAAGUUUGAUAAACUCUGGCAGAAAUGGAUGGAAGAUAUACCAAAGGAUGCCAUUUCAUGGAAGAAUGGAAAUGUAAUAGGAAGAGUAGAUGACAUACUACAGGGCACCUUUAAACAUGUGUCUAAAAUUGGUGAAAGGAUUAAAAUUGGUACCCCAAACUUCCAGCUGAACAGGACUGAUCACAUUUAUUCUGGGUGGACAGACCGUAUCCAUAGAUCUCUAACACUCUCUUCUGGGUCAAGUCCUGAUGAAAUUGUUAAUAAGCUAACAUACAAAAUACAAGUAGAUAUCCAUGAAUAUAUCGAAAGUAAAGAGAAGAAAAAAUUAGAUUUCAAUCCAAGCUUCAUCCCUGAAAUACUGGACAAAAUAAGAAAACACAUAUCAGAAGCUAAAAAGACUUUCCCACAAAUAACAGAAAACUACACUGUUGACCUGUCUAUUAGUUUAUGCACACUGGCAGCAGAGAGAUUCCAGAAGAUGCAUGAUGAGUUUAAGAAAGCCAAUGAUCCAAUCACAGUCCUUCAGAGCCAAAGAAAAGAGUACUGGCAGAUCUUUGAGAAAUUCUGUCAGGGUGCAACAUCCACCAUGUUUUGUGUGGACAUCUUGUGCAAGAAACUCAAGCCAGCAUUUGAAAGGGUUUUGUCUGAUAAAUUUAAUGUCCAAAUGACAGAUCUACUGAAGAACAACUGCACUGAAUUCAAAAGCAAAUCCAGCCUGGAAACUCACAUAAUGAGACAUCUAGCUGAGGCAGAGAACUUUGAUUCAUUUAUGGAAUAUUUACACAAUCCAAGGGUACCACGCACCUGGGCACCUGUGGAGUGGUACCUGGACAUCGGUUUGUUGGGAUGGGAGGAUUCUCAGCAAACCCACUGA